AAGUUGUAGAGCUGAUCUGUUACGUAGCAAUGGGUGUUUUCCCCGCUCUUGUCAUCCUCUCUAUGGCAGACAGGUCAGGUCUGUGUGAGCUGUUGGUUGGUGGCGGGUGUUAUGUGUUGGGCAUGGUGUUCUUUAAAAGUGAUGGAAUAGUGCCCUUUGCUCACGCUAUAUGGCACCUGUUUGUUGCAAUGGGAUCAGGCAUCCAUUACUAUGCCAUCUGGAAGUACCUGUACACACCUGUCAAUCAACCAACCAGUCUUUAACUAGCACAUACAACAGAAAUUACGUCUAGCCUUUGUGA